CGAGUUUUUGUGUUUUCUAGAGCAAAUGGUAGCAGGGCGCUGACAAAACACACACAAAAGUGUGAAAAGCUUGCAUAAUUUUCCGACGUGUGUGCCUGUGUGCUGCGACUGGUUGAGCAUUUCUAAGCAGGAUCUAAUUUUAUCGCCCCUUUCUGCGUCGAAAAAGCAGGAACACAUAGGAGUGGAUGGAUUAGUGCUGCAUUCAUUUUUUUUUAUGUUGGUGCUUGCUUUAAGGGUUAGUUAGUGCAAAGAGGAAGAAGAUCAGUUAAAUCCAUCAUCUCCGUGCAGUGUGCUGAUUAGAUGGGCGAGCCUGCUGAUCCGGAACAUCACUUUCUUCGUGAGUUGCAGCAGCAGAAAGGAAACAUUGAAACAUAACAUCCCUUCUUCAAACUCAUCGUUCGAUGAACAGCGGUGUGCUUUCGUCGGUCGAGUGCUAGUUAAUGUUUUCGUUUCAUUCCGUGUGUGUUUGUUUCGGAAGAUAGCGGCCAACACACAGGAAAGCCACAUGUGCGAGUGAAGUGAGUGUUUGUUGUGCAGUGUGCAGGGUUUCGUGAUUUUUGUGGUGGGAGAAAGGAAAGAAAACACUUAAUAGUGGAAAUUUAGUGAAAAUAAUAUAUAGUGCCGGGUGAUCAUCGUGUUACAUACUGCUUAAUUGAAUGUAAAACGGAAGUAAAAGCAUCUCGAUUCACAGCAGAAGAAAGAGAAGCGAGAGAGAAAAACAACAACAACAGAUCAUCUUUUUGUGAAGGUGAUCUAUUGGGGAGAUAUUGUUCAAUCCGAUCAACGGCGACAUGACAUAGGGCAGAAAUAAGAAUAAACCUGCGCGGUAAAUUGUGUUGCAGACGUAGCAACUUUAGAAACACCAACAUCAACAAAGACCCCAACCCACAACACGAGGAUCAUCUUUGAAAAUUUGUAGCUGCUAGUGCAGCAAAAAGCGGUGUAAAGAUGGGAGACGUCGAUCCGGAAACACUUUUGGAAUGGCUCUCGAUGGGACAGGGCGACGAGCGCGAUAUGCAACUGAUUGCUUUAGAGCAACUCUGCAUGCUCCUGCUAAUGUCCGAUAAUGUAGAUAGAUGCUUUGAAAGUUGUCCACCGAGAACGUUCCUGCCCGCUCUGUGUAAAAUAUUCCUUGACGAGCUAGCGCCGGAAAACGUGCUGGAAGUGACUGCCCGGGCCAUCACGUACUAUCUGGACGUGUCCUCCGAGUGUACCCGCCGGAUCGUCGCCAUUGAUGGCGCCAUCCGUGCAAUCUGCAACCGGCUCGAGGUGGCCGACCUCGAAAGCCGAACUAGUCGCGAUCUCGCCGAACAGUGUAUCAAGGUGCUGGAGCUGAUAUGCACCCGGGAAGCGGGUGCCGUAUUCGAGGGCGGUGGCCUAAACUGUGUGCUCACCUUUAUCCGCGACAGCGGUUCGCAGAUCCACAAGGACACGCUGCAUUCGGCCAUGGCGGUCGUUUCGCGGCUGUGCACGAAGGUCGAACCGCAGGGAGCGAAUGUGCAAACGUGCGUGGAAAGCCUUAGCACGCUGCUGCAGCAUGAAGAUCCGCUCGUGGCGGAUGGUGCGUUGAAGUGUUUCGCCUCUGUUGCGGAUCGAUUCACACGCAAAGGAGUCGAUCCUGCACCGUUGGCUGAGUACGGGCUGGUGAAGGAACUGCUCAAUCGGUUAAGCAAUGCUGCCGGUGGUCCACAGAUUUCAUCCGGUGGCGGUGGUACAGCAGCGAUCUCCUCCAGCUUGGGAACGAACUCCUCGUCGCACCCGGAAUCAUCACCGUCAACCGCGCAGCUGUCGUCGUCCGCACCAAAGACGGCACAAGGUGCGAUGGAAGCGGGCAGAUCGAGCCAAUCGAUCGCAACCACCAUAUCGCUGCUGUCAACACUGUGCCGCGGUUCGCCCUCGAUCACGCACGAUCUGCUCCGUUCGAAUUUGCUCGAGGCGAUGGAACGCGCGUUCAAGGGAGACGAACGAUGCGUGCUGGACUGUAUGCGAUUAGCUGACCUAAUUCUGUUGCUGCUUUUCGAGGGCCGGCAAGCGCUCGGACGUGUGGGGGGAUCGCAAGGUCAACUAGCGCCGCGAGUAAGACGGGCCGAUUCCAGUACGGAGCGUACCCAUCGUCAGCUGAUCGAUUGCAUCCGCAGCAAGGACACCGAGGCACUGAUCGAAUCGAUCGAGUCCGGUGGUAUCGAUGUCAAUUGCAUGGACGAUGUGGGACAAACGCUGCUAAACUGGGCGUCCGCAUUCGGCACGCUGGAAAUGGUGGAGUUUCUGUGUGAUAAGGGAGCGGACGUGAACAAGGGACAGCGCAGCUCGUCCCUUCACUAUGCGGCCUGCUUCGGGCGACCCGGUAUUGCGAAGGUGCUGCUCAAGCAUGGUGCAAAUCCGGACCUGCGCGAUGAGGACGGUAAAACACCGCUCGAUAAGGCACGCGAACGUCCGGAUGAAGGCCAUCGAGAGGUGGCCUCAAUCCUGCAGUCACCGGGAGAAUGGAUGAUGGCGGCUACAAGGUCGGAUGUGAAGUGUGGGGAAAGCGGUGAUGAGGCGGGAGGUGUGGGCGAACCACGGGGCGACCCAGAGAUGGCGCCAGUGUAUUUGAAGUUUUUCCUACCGACGUUCUGCAAAACUUUCCAAAGCACAAUGCUUGCUAGUGUGCGUAGAUCUAGCCUAGGACUUAUCAAGAAAAUGAUCCAGUAUGUUCAACCGGAAGUUCUUUCGAAGCUAUGCUCUUCGGAGGGUUUGCAAAGCUACGAGCAAAGCUUGGGCACGCUACUGGUCGAAGUCAUCGCGAGCGUACUAGACAAUGAGAUUAGCUACAGCUGGCCACCGUUGACCCAACCAUCAACGUCGUCAUAUCCGCCUCCUCUGCCGAUCCUAACCGUGCCGCGUAAUAGUUCUAGUAGUGUUAGCAAUAAUAUUCUAACCAAGCACAGCUGCGCCGAGCGGUUGAGCAAGUUUGUGCAGGCCAAGCGACAGAGGCGCAAUUCUAGCAGCUACAUAAUACCACCGCCGCCGCCAUUACUUCCGUUGACACCACCACCAAUCUCGGCAAGAGCAAAACCCGACUCGGACGAAGACGCGGAUGAAGAACGGAACGGUUCCAAAAGCAAUAACAAUAGUAACGACACCACCAAUCCUCGUAAUCGCACCCAAAGCAAUUGGUCAGAUCUUAGCAUUGCGGAUGAUGAAGAUGGCCAUCUGGUGGUGCUUACGAUUAUACAAGAGCUUAUGUCAAAAACGCAAAACGAUUUCCUCGAUCACUUCGCACGGUUGGGUGUUUAUACGAAAGUUCAAGCACUGAUGGGUGAGCCGAGCUUCGACGGUAACGACAAUAAUGAUGUGAUUAAAUCUACAUCUGAUGAUGCAAAAUCUGCGUCUACGGAAGCAUCCGGUUCCGGUAGCGUAACGGUAACACCGAGUGGAUCUAGUGGCCCGGUAGUAGUAACUGCUUCAGCUACCGGUUCGACGGUGGCUGUAGAGGACGCCAAGGAGAUACUCCACGGAAAGGCUUACCAUUGGCACGAUUGGAGCAUUUGCCGUGGGCGCGAUUGUUUGUAUGUGUGGUCGGAUUCGGCUGCACUGGAGCUUUCGAAUGGAUCAAAUGGAUGGUUCCGGUUCAUUCUCGACGGUAAACUCGCGACGAUGUACUCUAGUGGAAGCCCCGAGAAUGGUAGUGAUAGCACGGGCAAGGAAAAAUCCUCCGAUCCCAACGUACCUAACGAAGAAAACCGUGGAGAAUUUCUGGAAAAGCUUCAGCGUGCCCGUGCCGCUGUACGCCAGGGUACUGUAUCACUGCCCAUCCUGUCGGCGCCUAGUUUAGCUCGCAUUGCGGUCGGCAAUUGGGUGCUGCAAAGUCAAAAAGAACAUCAACUACAUAUCAACAAUUCCGAGGGCCACCAGGUAACGAUCCUACAGGACGAGCUGCCCGGUUUCAUCUUUGAGAGCAAUCGGGGCACAAAACAUACAUUCACCGCAGAAACAACGUUGGGACCAGACUUUGCAGCCGGCUGGAUAAACACGAAGAAGAAGAAAAUGCGCUGCAAGGCUGAAGCACAGAAAUAUCAGCUUAAUAAAUUGGCUCGUGAUUUAUACAACCGUUACUUCAAGGCAGCACAAGCUAUACCACGUGGAGCCGUAGCAAAGUUGGCUAAGAUUGUGCAUCAGAUUGAGAUCGCGUUGGAAGAGCAGCAAUCAUCGUCAAAGGUCGCACUCAUCUCCUGCUCAGCACAGCAGAUCACACCAAGUGGUGCCGGCGUAAGCUGGCAGGAGAAGCUCUUCAACGCGUUAAACGAACUGGUACAUCUGCUGAAUGAGGACGGUGUAAUUAGUGCGUACGAGAUGUACAGCUCCGGUUUGGUACAGGCGCUAGUGGCAGUGCUUUCGCCCAACUACUGGGAUCUGGGCAUGAACCGCAACAAAGCGAACAAAUAUCAAAAGCAACGACUAUCGAUCUUUAAGAAGUGUAUGUACGGAGGUGAAAUGAAAACAGGCAAAAACACGGCAGCUAUUCUGGUGCAGAAGUUGGUUGCGGUGCUGGAAAGCAUCGAAAAAUUACCGGUGUACAUGUACGACUCUCCAGGCGGCAGUUACGGGCUUCAAAUAUUGACAAAAAAGCUAAGCUUCCGAUUGGAGCGUGCGACUUGCGAGCAGACGCUGUUUGAUCGGACGGGUCGCAACCUCAAGAUGGAACCGUUAGCAACGGUGGGACACUUGAAUAAAUAUCUACUGAAAAUGGUCGCCAAGCAGUGGUACGAUAUGGAGCGAUCAUCGUUUCUGUACCUAAGGAAGAUGAAGGAAGCGAAGCCGGGCUCGCUGCAGUUUAAGCAUCGGCAUGAUUUUGAUGAGAAUGGAAUUAUCUACUAUAUCGGUACGAAUGGAAAGACACUCGAGUGGGUGAAUCCGGCCCAGUACGGUCUAGUGACCGUGACGAGCAGUGAAGGCAAACAGCUACCGUACGGCAAGCUGGAGGAUAUCUUGUCGCGCGACAGCGUCAGCGUAAAUUGUCACACAAAGGACAACAAAAAGUCGUGGUUCGCGAUCGAUCUGGGAAUAUUCAUUAUUCCGACUGCGUACACGCUUCGGCACGCACGUGGGUAUGGUCGUUCAGCGCUGCGCAAUUGGAUGUUCCAGAUGUCGAAGGAUGGCGUCAACUGGAUUACAAUGCUAACUCACACGGACGACAAAAGUCUGGCGGAACCGGGCAGCACGUGCACUUGGCCCAUCGACAGUCCCGCCGAUGAACAGCAGGGCUAUCGGCAUGUGCGCAUUCAUCAAAACGGACGCAACGCAUCCGGACAGACGCAUUAUUUGAGUCUAAGUGGGUUUGAAAUCUAUGGCAAGGUGAUGUCGGUGUGUGAAGACAUGGACAAAACGGCAGCCAAAGAGAACGAAGCAAAGUUGCGCAAAGAGCGACGUCAAGUUCGUUCGCAACUUAAAUACAUCACCGAUGGAGCGCGUGUCGUUCGCGGUGUAGACUGGCACUGGGACGAUCAGGAUGGCAAUCCACCCGGUGAAGGUACGGUCAUCGCCGAGAUUCAUAAUGGUUGGAUAGAUGUUAAGUGGGACCAUGGUAUGCGCAAUUCGUACCGUAUGGGAGCAGAGGGCAAAUAUGAUUUGAAGCUGGCCAAUGUCGAUGGAUUGGUAGCAGGUGCGUACGAUCUGCACAACAGCGGCAUUUCCAUAACGACCGGUGGCGGUGGUGGUGGAAACAAUAAUCAGUUUUCAUCUUCCGCCAACGUCCAAUGCGAGGUGGAUGGUGCUGUAUCCGGUAAGAAGAAGCUGUACGACAAGUCGUUGAAUGUGUUAACCAGCCGAAAAUCCAACUCGACACCUAGUUUGCCGGAUGCGACGACCGAAAACCGAUCGUCCGUUGCUUCCACCGAACAGGCGACAUCAGCCGACAACCUGUCCUGGAAGCAGGCUGUAGAAGUGAUCACAGAGAAUGUACUUUCUUCAGCCCGCUCUGACCUGGCUACGGUCGGUAGCGGUGGAAGUAGUAACGAUUUGUCCUCCUCGGUAGUAACUUCAGGUACUGGUGGUAGCAACAACCAAGAAGUAUCCGUCACGGUACAUUCAUCGUUAAGCGAACGAGGUAACAAUAUUCCCGAUCUGUCCCAAAUUAACAGCAGCACAUCGAUGUUGGUGUCCGAUUUGGCCACCAUUACGGAGAAUCUGUCUCUGUCGGAUGGUCCGGCAAAACAGAGUGCUACAGCAACAUCAUCUACUGGCACCGGUCAGCAGUUUGUGAGCAACAUUAGCGGCAAUAGCGGUACCGGUGUUCCCGUUCUGAUGGGCUCCUCAUCCUCGUCAUCCUCUUCGUCGUCUACGGAGGAAAAUAACAAAACGAACAACAUCAACGAAACGAAUAAUAAAAUCAAUCUAACAAGCGGCAGUGGUGGCAGCAGUGUGGCCAGCGGUAGCAGUGCAUCCAGCGGAAAGGCUGGCCUAUCCUACCUGCAGACAAGGCUGGACAUGAUGGGAAAGAUGCGCGAGGGCGUAGACAUGCUUCGAAACAACACGAACAAUUUCCUCUCAUCGGAGUUGCUCACCCAAUCGAAUCUGCUUUCGUCCGUAAAGAUUGCAUUCCCUCCAAUUCCACCAGCCACUACCACCACCGGUAGUGGCGGCGUUGUUGGAGGUGCAUCGUACGGAAAUAGCAUUUUUGUGGCAAGCACAAGCACCGGCACAAAUCCAGCGGCACCAUCAGCGACGGCUUCAUCAGGCGCCAAAACACCUACGGAUAAGUUCGAUGUGAAGUUCAAUAAUACCGCCUCAUCCAAUGGGUCUACUGCUUGUGUGAACACGUUCAAGAAGGUCCUUAACGAAGCUAAACAGUUCUCAUCGGCGGUCGAUUCAUCGUCAACCGGUGGGCGUGAUGCAACGAAUAACUUGAAGAACAACAUAGUGGUAGUCGGAUCAACUGAAACGGUUCUGGGAGCUUCUCAGGACGAUCCCAAUGCAGAGUGUCUGUUGGGAUCCGUUUCCGGUAGCGAUGGCGUUAAUGUGGUUCCCGUAGUGGUGCCCUCGUCGAAUCCGAUGAGCGUCAGUGUACCAAAUCUGACGAGCAGCGGCAAUGGAAGCAAUAACCAUCAGCAUCAUCACCACACGCAUCACCAUCACCACCACCAUCAUCAUCCGGAUAGUGCGUCAGCGAUGCAGAAUGAAGCCCAAGCACCGCCACCAGGGCUGCUCGAAACCUUCGCCGCUAUUGCACGUCGACGUACAUCUGGAAGUGGUUCGAAUUCCGCCACCAUCGCAAACAACAACAAUGAAAACAAUAACGCCACAUCAAAUCCAUCGUCAUCGUCGACCUCUUCGCAGCAGACGGUGCCGAUCAAUAAUCAGUUGAUUAGCAGCGGAGGUAGCGGAGCGCUCGUGGGCGGUGUAUUGCAGAACAAUAGUAACUUUUUCCCGCGUGGACCAAAUUCGGUUACGAGCUUGGUAAAGCUGGCACUCUCCACCCACACUGGGCUACUGAGCACAGCGCAAAGUUAUCCGAGCCUGUUCAGUUCCUCCUCAAACAACAACACAUCGUCCGGCCCGGGCGGAGGGGGUAACAGUGGCAGUGGGAACAACAACAAUACCAACAACAUGGUUGGCGUGGGACAGGUAAAUCCACUGAAUCCUGCACUGACCAUGAGUCUAACCUCAACCUCAAGCGAUAGUGAGCAAGUAUCGUUGGAGGACUUUUUGGAGCAAUGCCGCGCACCGACACUGCUCGGUGACCUGGAAGACGACGAAGACAUUGAGGAUGAAAACGACGACGAUGAGAACGAAGAUGAGUACGAGGAGGUAGGCAACACAUUGCUGCAAGUGAUGGUAUCUCGCAAUCUGCUAUCCUUCAUGGAAGAACGAACGUUCGAGAAUCGACUCCCAACGGCUGGAAAGCGAAAAUCCUGGGAUGAUGAGUUUGUGUUGAAACGUCAAUUUUCCGCACUCAUUCCUGCGUUUGAUCCACGCCCUGGCAAGACCAAUGUCAAUCAGACGAGCGAUCUCGAUAUUCCGGCACCGGGAAGUAGCAGUGGACGAGUAGCGGCAGAUGCGAUAGAUCCAACGGAACCCUCGUCUUCUGGCAAGUGUAACGUUUUGGAACAGGGAAGCCAUGCAACGAUGUCCUCAUUACCGCAGCCAACGCUGUCACUGAUUCUGCGCGGUCCGAACAUAAAUGGUGUGAACGAUGUUGAGGUUGAUCUGACACAUACAGACUGGACCAUUUUCCGUGCCGUACAGGAGUUGAUGCUACAGACAUCUAUGCCCAAGCAGGACAAGUUCCGCAAAAUCUGGCAACCAACGUACACGAUCAUUUACCGAGAGGCUACCCCAGGGUCGUCCUCUUCGCUGUUGGCAGGUGGAAAAGAAGACUUCAGUAGCGGAGAAGAGGGUCGUGCUACACCGAUCAUCUCGCUCUACUCCCAGCGCAGCCACGGAUCGACAUUAUCGCCCAGCUCACCAAUUCCCGGGACACCGUCGAUUACCGGUGGUGCAGGCCCCAGCAGCGGAGGAGCUUUGUCCGCACCUGCAUCGUGCGGCAAUCAGCAGUACUGUUCGGUGGAGGAUGUACUGCAGUUACUGUCGCAGCUCAACAGCAUCAACCAGUCGCUGGCCUCCGCGCCGUCGAACAACGACAAGAAUUUGAUGCCGGACGUCGAGUCCCAUUACCUAAAUCCGGAGGUGUUCAUGAGCAAGAAGAUCACGAACAAACUGCAGCAGCAGAUCCAGGAUCCGCUCGUCCUUUCCAGCGGUAGCUUGCCAAAGUGGUGCGAAGAGUACAACCAGACCUGUCCGUUCUUGUUCCCAUUCGAAACACGCCAACUGUACUUCAGCUGUACGGCGUUCGGUGCGUCGCGCAGUAUCGUUUGGUUGCAAUCGCAACGUGACGUUAGUCUGGAACGUCAGCGUGCGCCGGGACUUAGCCCACGCCACGCCGACCAACAGGAGUUCCGUGUCGGACGGUUGAAACACGAACGUGUGAAGGUGCCCCGUGGGGAGAAUCUGCUCGACUGGGCCCAGCAGGUGAUGAAGGUACACUGCAAUCGAAAGUCAGUGUUAGAGGUAGAGUUUGUCGGAGAAGAAGGUACCGGAUUAGGACCGACGCUGGAAUUCUACGCGCUCGUGGCGGCUGAGCUGCAGCGAAGCGAUCUCGGCAUGUGGCUGUGUGAUGAUGAGGAACCGAAGCUGAUUGAGGACGAGAUCGACCUUGGGGAGGGCAGCAAACCGAUCGGAUAUUAUGUGCGCCGUUCGACGGGUCUCUUCCCAGCACCGUUACCACAAGAUUCGGAUAUCUGCGAAUAUGUGUCCAACUACUUCUGGUUCCUAGGUGUGUUUUUGGCAAAAGUGUUGCAGGACAACCGGUUGGUCGAUUUACCACUGUCCAACAGCUUCCUGCAGCUGCUCAGCCACAGUCGCUCCAUAUCACGGGGUACGUCCAGCCAUUCGCUGUUCGGCGGCGGUAAAUCGGGUGUAAGCGAUGAUAUUAUGAUCUCGUCCAUCAUGUCGGAGGAAAGCGAUCGCGAUCGUGAUCUGCUGGUGGACUCUUACCAGUCCAAGAUGGCGACCAGCGAUGGUGCGUGGUACGAUGGUAUACUGUCGCAGGAGAACCUGCAGGAGAUUGACCCAAUACGGUACCAAUUUCUAAGGGAGCUGCAAGAGCUGGUGCAGCAGAAGCAAAACAUCGAGCAGAACGAUAUGCUCAGCUCGGAGGAGAAGCUCCAGCAGAUCAGUGAGUUGAAGCUAAACACCAAAACGGGCUGUGUGGCAUUGGAGGAUCUGGCACUUACAUUUACUUAUCUGCCGAGCUCGAAGAACUACGGCUACGCGUCAGCCGAUCUGAUACCGAACGGAUCGAACAUUGAUGUGACGAUUAACAACGUGGAGGAGUACUGCAAUCUGACGAUUGCAUUCUGCCUGCAGGAAGGCAUCGCUAGGCAGCUGGCCGCAUUCCACCGUGGAUUCUGUGAGGUGUUCUCGCUGAACAAGCUGGCCGCAUUUACGCCGGAUGAGAUACGUAAGAUGCUGUGCGGUGAACAGAAUCCGGAGUGGACGCGCGAAGACAUCAUGACCUACACCGAACCGAAGCUGGGAUAUACCAAGGAAAGUCCUGGCUUCCUGCGCUUUGUCAACGUGCUGAUGGGCAUGAAUGGAUCGGAAAGGAAGGCGUUCCUGCAGUUCACCACCGGAUGCAGCAGUCUCCCGCCCGGUGGUUUGGCAAAUCUACAUCCGCGACUCACGGUGGUGCGAAAGGUAGAUGCUGGCGAGGGUUCCUAUCCGUCAGUGAACACCUGCGUGCACUAUCUCAAGCUGCCGGACUACCCGAACGAGCAGGUCCUGCGCGAGCGUUUGUUGACGGCCACCAAGGAGAAAGGGUUCCAUCUGAACUAAAUCAAACUGUGCUGUUGUUAUGAACUGUUGUUUGUAGUGUUAUGCGAAACAUAAUUAGAUUGCGAAAAUGACUGAACGGAUAGAAAAGGGCGGAGAGAAGGGUACGUGGGUAGUGAGUAGGUGUGUGCGUGUGUUAAGCAAUGUUGUGUUUUAGCGUAAGGGAAAACGAAGAUGUAGGCAACGAUCAGAUGAAACGCCGCUACGCGAAGCAAAUGGUUAGAUGAAAUGGGAUUCAUUACUACUUUUACACACCUCUGUUUGAUCCGCUGAACCGGCUAAAGAUGUUAUAAUAUUAGUAACCGAGCACACAACAAUACACACAUACCAAACCAGUACACAAUUAAAAACCUUCUCUCACAGCUUAUGGUUCAAGCAAAUUCAACCGAUGGCACGAUUGAUGAAUGAACGUAAGCGAUAAAUACUAGAGCAAAAAAUGAAAAGAAACAAUAAGCUUUUUGUUCUUGAAUAUAUGCAUGGCUGCAAGUACCGAUGUUGGGUAAAAAAAAUAGGUUUAAAGGCUAGAGAACAACCAUCAGAGAUGCAAAUUAUUUCUUCUUUGCGUUACACACUAUAAGGUUCUUCUGCACUUAUCUUAUUGCUGCUACACAAUGCUACCUUCUUGCUAACUCUGAAAAUAAAACUAAAACUCUGAAAGUAGUUUUCUGUAUGAGUGACUGUGUGCCUGCGUGUGCAUCUGUAGUGUGUUAAGGGUUUUGCAUGUGAAAUUAUAGUUAGUCUUUUGCGAUGGAUGAAUAACUGAAAGCUUCUUCAUCUAAUUCUACGGACGAAUAGAUAGAACAAAAAACCAACUAACACAAAAAAACAACAAAGAGAAAACUUUGCGUGUGAAAAUGUAUGUGAUGAAUGGUAGAAAGCAAAGAAGGAGUAAAAUGGCAGAAUAGACAAAAAAAUGGUACUAACUAUGAGUUCUUUUGUUUGUGAUUGAUUAUUACAUUAAAUGUUGCACACGAUUGCUUUUACAAAAGAGAUAAAAACCCCAAAAUGUGUGCGUGUGUGUUGUGAGUAUGUGUGCUGUUUUGCCCAAGGCAUUAUUAGAGAUGUUUUGUGUAUGUGCGUGCGCAUGUAAGCAGGAAGUGGGAAAGGGCACAUUGGUUUGGUUUCAUGUGCAUCCGAGACACCAUUUACUAAAUUCAUAAGUAACGAAUAUGUAGCUAGUUUCGGAACCUCCUGUGUACGGUGUCUUCAACUCUGUAUAUAACUACCACCACCAAACACAAACAAUUCUGCCCGGGGAGGGCGAAUUACUUGCGUAGCCCCGGAAUUCGAAACAUAUAGAAAAAAAAGUUAAUGCAAAGUACACUUAAACACUCACGUUUUCGUGCACAGGCACGGCACGUGUCCGUUUGUCCCAAAGGGCGUGUGGAAUUGAAGUUUUCAUUAAAAAAAAUUAAUAUAAUAUACCCUUAUAUAUUAGUAUUCUUUGGAUGGAAGGUUCACAUGGCAAAAUAGUUUGAGCGGCGUAGCAAAUACAAAAAUCUAGAACGCAAGUACAGGAGUAACGUUUACAUAUUAAGUAGACUGUUAGGAAAGAAUAUAACAGCAAAGAGAAAGAGAAAUCAAGAAAAGCAGAAAAAUGUUAUAGAUGAAUGAGGAACAUUUAAGAAAAAAGAAUAUUGAUUAUAACUCUAUUCAAAGAUAAUGAUACACAAUUAAUAAAUGCAGAUGCUCUACACACUAAAAUCUUAAACCACAAAACACACACAGUCUCAGUCUUGUUGCGUGAGUUCAAGAAUCUAGACACACACACACAACAUACUUAAAAAGCUCCUAUAAUACACGAAUUAUGCGAGGAUAGUAAGACAAAAAUAAUAAAAAAAAUUAAUAAAACACAAAAA